GAGGAGGCGGAGGAGGGUGAGGGAGGAGGCGGAGGAGGGUGAGGGAGGAGGCGGAGGAGGAGCAACAUCAGCAGCUGCAGUAGCGGCUGUCGUAGACGUUGUUGUGACAAGAGGAGCCGAGUUAUCGAGGAACUCGACAAAACAAGAAAUCAAACACCAGGAUGAGCUCCUAUCAGUUUGUAAACUCGCUCGCCUCGUGCUAUGCGAGUGCUCAGGCCCAGGCCCAACAGCAGCAACAGGGUCCCCGGGGUACCGCCAAUUCCCCGGGAGAACCCCUGCAAGCGGCCUCACCUGCCGGCCCCGAUUAUUACAACCCCAAUGCCGCGAGCACUGGUUAUCCGACACCCUGCUACUCUCCCCAGCAGCACUACCCCCAGCAUCCGUACGCGGCCCCGGCCUCCGCGAUGCAGCAUGCGGCUCCCAGUGGAAUGAUCGACUACACCCAGCUACAGCCUCAGCCAAGACUCGGUGCCGCGGCCACGGCCCAGCAGCAGCACGGACUUCACGGGGCACCCCAGGCUCCCCAUCAUCAGCAGCAUCUCCAAAGCCAGCAGCAGCAACAGCAACAGCAACAACAACAACAACAACAACAGCAGCAGAUGCACCCAGACCCAACGAGUCCGCUACUGCAGGCAGCCGCGCAGUCGGCGGCCGCCGCUGCUGCGGCAGCCGCCGCCGCUGCAGCCGCCUCCAGCUGCAAAUACGCUGACUCGACGUCCUCGACUAACGUAUCCUCACCCCAGGACCUCACCACCUCGACGAACACGAGAAAUAGCCCGGCCCCGGUCCUCGGCGCACCGGGGACCAGCAAGGCCGGCGGCAGUGGUCAGAUGAACUCUACACCGGCCGGCUCCUCGAGGUCUUCCGUAGCCGCGUCCGCGUCCUCGCCCCCGGGUGGCAGUGGUAGAGCCGGGGAGGGUAGCUCCACCCUCACUACGGCCUCCUCGGCGUCCUCGCCUGCCUCGUCGACCUCGAGCACGAGUAGCACCGGCAACAACUCCUCGAACAAGGGCAACGGAUCGGGCGGCAAUCCGCCCCAGAUUUAUCCUUGGAUGAAGAGGGUUCACAUCGGCCAGAGUACGGUGAACGCGAACGGCGAGACGAAGCGCCAGAGGACCUCGUACACCAGGUACCAGACCCUCGAGCUCGAGAAAGAGUUCCACUUCAAUCGCUACCUCACCAGGCGACGCCGCAUCGAGAUCGCGCACGCGCUCUGCCUCACCGAGCGCCAAAUCAAGAUCUGGUUCCAGAAUCGACGCAUGAAGUGGAAGAAGGAGCACAAGAUGGCCAGCAUGAACAUCGUGCCGUACCACAUGGCGCCGUACGGCCACCCGUACCAGUUCGCCCCGCACCCGGGCCAGUUCGCGCACUUGGCCACAUAGGACGAGUUCUCGCCCGCCGAGCUCGGAGCACACGCUGUCCGGUUUCCCGGCAUGUACGGCGAGCAGAACUUCUAAGCGGGUCAGGAUCCUAGGGGCACGGCUCGCAUCGCAGCGUCGCCGAAGCCCCGGGCCCUAACCCGACUUGUCCUCUCUUUCGCUCUUUCGAGCGCGACGGGGCACAAAGUACCGGCCCGCCCGAUCGACCCGCCAAGUCACCGCGGCUCGAUCGCGGUCCCGCGGACGCCUCCGUCCUCGGGUCCGAUGC